AUGGGAAGUCUUUCGCACAGCAAUUCGCCGUCCCUUGGCUGGGUGGUUCAAAAGUUUGGUGGUACAAGCGUGGGAAAGUUCCCGGACAAGAUUGCAAAGGAUAUUGUUAGAGCCACUUUGUCUCAGAACAGAGUCAUCGUAGUAUGCUCUGCGAGAAGUACUGGGAAGAAGGCCGAGGGUACCACCAGCCGACUAUUGGCUGUCUAUGUCAAGCUGAGAGGUGUCGGUGCUGCCAUAUGCUCCGAUGAGGAGCAGCAAAACGAAUUGGUCGAGCAGGCUCGCGGCCUGAUGCUCGACAUUUGCAACGACCAUGUCUUUGCCGCUGAAUCAUUCAUCAGGGACCAAGCUCUCCGUGAGUCUCUCAUUCAGACUAUCAGGGAUGAGUGUCAGGAGCUGGUUGAGUAUAUUGUGGCUGCCAAGCGAUUCAACCUCGAGAUCAACUCAAGAGCAAAGGACCGUGUUAUUAGCUUCGGUGAGAAGUUGAGUUGUCGCUUCAUGACGGCUCUUUUGCAGGAUGUGGGCGUUGAAUCCGAAUACGUUGACCUCUGCGACUCAUUCCACUAUGAUGCCGCAGGCCGUCUCGACGACAAGUUUUACCGCACAGCUUCUGAGGCUUUCACUCGCAAGAUAGUCGCUUGUGAAAACCGUGUUCCAGUUGUCACUGGUUUCUUUGGAAAUGUCCCUGGCAGUCUCAUCGAUGGUGACAUUGGCCGUGGCUACACUGAUCUUUGCGCCGCCCUGCUCUCCGUUGGCGUCAAGGCCGAGGAGCUGCAAGUUUGGAAGGAGGUCGACGGUAUCUUCUCUGCCGAUCCCUCCAAGGUUCCCACAGCACGCCUACUCUCAUCUAUCACUCCAUCUGAAGCAGCUGAGUUGACCUUCUAUGGCUCAGAAGUCAUUCACCAUCUCACCAUGGACCAAGUCAUCCGAGCUGAGCCUCCUAUUCCUAUCCGCAUCAAGAACGUCAAGAACCCUCGUGGUAACGGCACCAUUGUUGUUCCUGAUCGCAUGCGCACUGCUAGCCACCAGCUUACACGCGGUUCUCCCACUCCCAAGCCUGAAGCCGACCACCGAAAACCAAAGCGACCUACUGCCGUCACCAUCAAGGACCACAUCAGCGUCAUCAACGUGCACUCGAAUAAGAGAUCGAUCUCUCACGGCUUCUUCGCCCGUGUCUUUUCCAUCCUCGACCACUACUCCAUCUCUGUCGAUCUCAUUUCCACCUCCGAGGUGCACGUUUCUAUGGCCAUUCACGCGAGCAGCCAACAGGUCGAGGCUUUUGGCAAUGCCACCGCGGAGCUUGCUGAUUGCGGCGAUGUGAGCGUACUCACCGAUAUGGCAAUUCUGAGUCUGGUUGGUGCUGAGAUGAAGAACAUGGUUGGUAUUGCAGGACGCAUGUUCUCUACUCUUGGUGAGCACAACGUCAACCUCGAGAUGAUCUCCCAAGGUGCUAGUGAAAUCAACAUCUCUUGUGUGAUAAGUGCACGGGAUGCUACUCGCGCUAUGAACGUGUUGCAUACCCAUCUCUUCACGUUUCUUGAGUAA